AUGGCAACAAAGCGCAGGAAAGUUGAUGCUGAGGGAAGAGGGUUCAAUAGCACGUGGACAACAAAGUAUUUCUUUGUAGAACACUUGGGCAAACCUACCUGCUCGAUUUGCUACGCAUCUAUAGCUGUCAAUAAGGAAUGUAACAUUAGACGCCACUAUGUGACAAAGCAUCCCAAAUUUUCAGAACUAGAUAGCCAAAGGAGGAAGGACAAGAUUAAACAGUUAAAAGACAGUUUAAAAAAGCAAAGUUCUUUCUUCCACAAACAACACAACGAAACCGAACAAAAUAUUGUUGCUAGUUACGAGGUGGCUAAAUUAAUUGCAGAACACAUGAAGCCCUUUGUAGAUGGUGAAUUUGUGAAAGAAUGCUUGAUGACCGUCGUUGGUAUUGUAUGUCCUGAUAAGGAAAAGUUAUUCUCAAAUAUCAGCCUUUCUGCUAGAACCGUGACUCGGCGAAUAGAAGAAAUGUCAAGGGAUGUGAAGCGUCGUCAAAGGGAUAUCAUCAAUAACUUACAAUUCUUCUCAAUUGCAAUUGACGAGAGUACAGAUGCGGCAGACACCGCUCAGCUUUCAGUUUUCGUGCGUGGAGUAAGUGAAGCUUUUGACGUUGUUGAGGAGUUUGUCCAACAAGUUCCCAUGAAGGGAACUACAACAGGUGCUGACAUUCUGAGCGCAUUGCUGCUAUGCAUUGGAGACAUGGACCUUGAUCUAUCAAAGAUGGUAUCAAUAACCACCGAUGGAGCCCCGGCAAUGACAGGUAAGAAUCGAGGCGUCUCAGCUCUACCUCAAAAACACAUAAGUGACCUCGGAAUUGAUAACGACAUCGUCAAAAUACACUGUCUGAUUCACCAAGAAGCCCUGUGCGCCAAAGCUUUGAGUUUGAAGGGUGUUAUGGAUACAGUAGUGAAAGCUGUUAACAUUGUGUUAUCUCAAGGCUUGAACCAUCGCCAGUUUCGUCAGUUGCUUCAGAUGCAGAAAACGAAUACGGCGAUUUACUUUACUUCUGCGACGUUCGCUGGCUUAGUCGGGGUACAAUGCUAG